AUUAUUUUAUCUCUAAAAAUAAUAAUAUUAGAAAGGCCAUAAAAUUUAUUGGCUAAAAAGAGGGAGGAGGAUUGUCUAUCCGAUGUUGAAGGUACGGCGCCAAAAAAUUGCCCCCAGCCUAAGACCGCCGAUUGAUGAAAGAGAAGAACAGUUCUUGCUGCUAAACCUUUAUGGGAGUAACGUCAAAGAUACUCUGAGAGCUUGCUUGGCCUCCGAUGUUGAUCAUUUCAAGAUAAUGUAAUGGCAACUUCAAUGAGGUUGUUAUCCACCUAUCCAAGAACUAGUAAACUUCAAUCUCCAAAUUAUCCAAGAACAAGAGUUUCAGUUCCGGGCCUCGUAGCAUGCUUUUAUGACACUUAUGUGCUCCACGGUCACCUUCACCAUCAAUGUUGUUCCUUCUACGUGACCAAACCUUCAGUGCUGAAGAACUUCAAGAAGAUGGCCUUGUCCAUUAGGGGGAGUGUGGAAGGGAAUCCAUUUGACCCUCCUUCGAGUAACUCUAAUGGCAGAACGAGACUGAUACGGAUUAUUCAAGCUAUUCAAACCAAGUUGAAUGCGAGAAUCAACGAGUUAAGAAAAAAUCUUCCAUUGAAAAUACUCUUCUUCUUGGUUGGGUUUUACAGUGCAACUGCAUUUGCAACAGUUAUUGGUCAAACAGGUGAUUGGGAUAUUCUAUCUGCUGCAUUGGCCGUGGUUGUUGUGGAGGGGAUUGGGGCCCUCAUGUAUAGGGCUUCUCUUCCUCUUUUGAACAAAAUUAAAGACCUAAUAACCAUGUUCAAUUAUUGGAAGGCUGGACUUUCCAUGGGUCUUUUCUUGGAUUCUUUUAAAUUUGAAAUGGAUGAUAUUUUUGGGUUACAUAACCUCUUCCAUUUAUACUUACACAAUGUAAUUCCUAUAAUUUAUUAACACAUUCAAAUUCAUGAUUGUAAAUCUUCAUAUACUCCAUCAACUUGGAUUUAUGUUUCUCCAAGCUCUGAGUACACUUCAUGGACCUGAAUCCCUGUGACAAACAUGAUCGCUGUUCAAUCAAAGGCUUUCCUAA